GUUAUCCCUGAUGCCACGUCGAUUCUUUGCAGAUUUUCGCAUGAUUUCAUCUCUCGCUUCAUAAUAUUGCAAUCAUGGCUGCAGCCGACACAAUGGACUACGAAUAUGUACAUCAUUUUUGGGGUGAAAAGCAUCUUGGUUUCCAUGUGCUCUAUGAGAACAUGAAGCAUGGCGAAGAGACAGUGAACGAAAUUGGGCAGUUUAUCAAGGAACGUCUGGCAAUGGAAGAAGAAUACGGCAAAAUGUUUACGAAAAGCAUUAACAGGGUCACCACUUUCGUCACAAAUAAUUCGAGUUUGGAGCGUGGAUGGACCCUCGCUAAAGGAACUGUUGAACUUCUGGCUGAGAUUCAUGUAAUGUUAGUAAAGAACCUUCAGGAUCUUGCUAAAGAAAUAGCGAAGUAUAAAGAAGAUCUGACGAGAGCGCGAAAAGAAGCAAAACAACAAGAUAUUAUCGAUGCAGUGAAUCUCAUGCAAACAACCACGACUUGCUUGCAAAAGUCGAAAGAGACUUAUUUCGCCCGUUGUGCUGAACUGGAAAAAUUAAAAAAGGAAUCAAACGUCAAUCAAAAGGAGAUUGGAAAGAUGGAGAUGAAAAUGUUCAAAUCGAAAGAGGAGUAUCGUGGCUAUGUUGAAAAAUACGAAAUGGUGAGGAAGGAUUUCGAAGAGAAGAUGGAAAGAGCUUGCAAGUUUUUUCAGGCACAUGAUAGGUCUCACUUCGCAGCUCUACAACAAUUUUUACUUUUGUAUGCAGCUCAUCAUCAUCAAGCGGCCAUAGCCGCGCAACAGGUAUCUGGACAAUUUCGCGAAUCGCUCCAACAACUAAGCGCUGAUGAUAUGGUGGCAUGUUUUGUGAAAGCAAAAGCUACUGGGAUGGAAAGACCACAGCCCGCUGUGUUUGAAGAACCUCCGGAUUCAUCUAUCGUAAACGAAGAGGAGUUGCAAAGGCAACAAAGUGGAUCCAUGCCUUCGUCUAGCUGUUCUUCUGGUGUUGUACCGUCAAACCCUCCUCCAGCUGCUCCUACUGCUGAUGGGUUGCUGUCUUUGAACCCUUUGGAAGCAUGGAAUGAUGAUAAGGAAGCACAACUGCUGCCAUCACCUACAGCUUCUCACAGUAGCGAUUCUACAGCGGGUGCUGCCCACACUAUACCUCCAUUUUCGGCAUCUGUUGGAGGUACUGGAACAACAGGUCGGCAAAAGUUAUCGCUCUUCCUUCCGAAAAGAAAGAAGACAAUGUCACAAAGUAGCGGCAACGAGGAUCACGCAGAAAGUACUGGAGGCUUGUUCAAAUUCCGCCAAAAUCGACGUUCGAAAAAAUCAACUUCGGAUGCGAAUCCAACACCGGAGAAAUCUGAAGUUAUCAGCAUGGAUGAUGUGCAUAGUACGGCUAGUAGCACCAGAAGCGAUGAAAAGAAAACCAACGGGUCAUUGAGUCUUCUCGAUCUACCGCUAGCUCCUCCUCCUCCAGCACCCGUUGACGAUGAGGGCUACACGAUAAGGGAACAAGAAAAUGACAAAGAGGAUACAAAUUGGUCAUCAUGUAGCAGCAGCGAUGAAGAGGAUGAGAAUACCUUACAACAGUCAAAAAUUCGAAGCUUGACCAUUCGACCAGCGGACUCGGCCAAAACGAUGAAUGCGUCUGUAGAUGAAUUGCGAGAUGCUAUCGGGCAUAUCAACAUAUGUAGGAGUAAUACUUUUGACAAGGACCCGUGGACAAUUGGUGGUUCAAAUCGUCCCCCUAUGUUUUCGCAAUCACUUAGUGGCGGUAGCUUAAAGCCGCUUCGACCGUGUCACACUGCUGAUGGUCGAUUCAGAUCGACUUUCAAUGAGACGGAUUUUGGUAAAAGCAAUGUCCCGCUGAACUUCUCAGCUUCGAUGGGACCAGUAGCAGGAAUGGCACGCGCGCGCCCGAGAAGUAACACCCCUACGCUCAACUCUGCCUUUGGUGCUAGCGCGACAUUGAGAAAGGACUCCGUUGGAUCAUCUGAUUGGGGAUCUUCGUUUGCUAUCAACAAUAACGAUGGGAAUCAUUCGUUUGGAGAGUCAUCAUUCAAUCUAUCACAGUCUACAGCGAAUCUCAUGCAGGCCACAAUCAGUGAACAUCGUGUACCAGUGGCGAUGGCAAUCAACGAGUAUUCGCAUGUGUGGUUCAAGGGAGGAGAUAUUGAAAAUCGUGUUACUCGAACGUUUGGUACUGUGCUAAUCUCCUUUGCUGCCUCAUCAUUGCCUCUUUUGACGGAUGUGCACUCCGACAUUGAACCCCUUCUUUUCAAUCUUACUGAUGCUGACAUGAUUAAAUCUGUGGUUCCGAACAAACAACUCCUUUUACCUGAUUCUGUCGCUUCCCAACAUGGACCAUCGUAUCACUACCAAUUCGAUCGCCUCGGCCUGGCAAAUUGGCUGCUUGCCCAGCAAAAAGAGAAACCGAGCGCCGCAUUUUUCAACGCUGAGGUUAUACGUUACGAGUUAUGCGAUGAUGCGCGGGUCACUCAACCUCCGCUUUACAUCACUACAUAUUGGAAGUGUGAAGAGGACCACACAGAUGUUCGAAUCGACUACCAACUGAACAACGAGUGCUCUAUAACAACCCCGUUAUUGAAUUUAGUCUUCACAACCAAGGUAUCUGGAGAAGUCAGCAAUGUCACAUCCGAUCCGACGGCUACUUGGCUCGAAUACAUCUAUCCGUUAGAAAUGGCGAAAGAUGUAAAGUUGCCUGCAUUCAAGAGACGAAGUGGAAAGGAGAAAAAAGGGGAGGGGAGAGAUACAGCAGACAGCCAGCCAGCUCAUUACAAGGAAAUGUUAACGGCAAGAUAUUCUGUUAUGUUAUUACAUCAGGAUACCAUACAAAUAACUAGCAAGGAACAACUACAGAACGCAAACAACAACAGCAAAAGCAACCGUCCUGUUGAUACAUUCAUGUGGCUUUUUUCAGGUUCACAGCCAGACCUCAAACAAGUCAACAUAAAAGAUCCAAACAGAGGUUUGCAACAAGUCAGUAUCAGCAACGCCAAACCGCAGCUUACACAAGUAUCUCUGCAAGGGCAAGAGAAGGAAUCAUCAUUAUGGAGUGCCCUCAAACUUGAUUUUGGUCGCAGUUCCGCACCAGCUAAAGAGGAACGCUCAAGCAUAAUGCGAUUCCCGCAACUAUGGAGCUCUAAUAAAUGUGAGAAUACUGCCAUCGAUACUACCACAGCUGUGUCCUUAACGCCCAAAGCAGCUAGCGAAACUGAAGCAACACAAGAAGUUACCGAAUCUGAAACUCCUUUAGGAGGUAUUCGUGCUAGGAUAAGGCGAAGUAUUGCAAGGGUAAGAAGAAGAACGAGCAAAAGCAGAGAGAGAAUAUCUGCUGCAUUACGGUCAAAGGAGAGGGAGCAAGAACCUCAUGUUAGAAAACGAAAGAGUAAAAGGGAAAUUGAGGAGCAGUACACUGAAUAUGAGGUAGUGGAUGCUCCGAUGAAGCCAGCAGUAGCGGAAAGGGACAAGAAAGGGCGAAGGAGACACCGACAUAAUAAGAUUUUUGACACCCUCGCUGACGAAGAUCGUCCAUCGUCUGAGACAACAACAACAUUUACCACAGGCUAUGAAACUACUGUUACCACAACAGAUGCCAAAGAGCGCACGACGACAGAAAAAACUAGGGAGCAGAAAACAAAAACUAAAACAUGUGAUGAAGAGGUUCAGCCUUCUGAGCAAAAACAGAAAGGUGACGCGAAGCAAAGCGAAGUUAAACCAGCAGAGGAUGUGAACGAUCGAAAGCCAGAAAUCACUCAAGUGUUGGAAGAGGCUGCUGCACAAGGACAAACAGUCGGAGCAACGCCUGCUGAUUCGACUUGUCAGAAGGUUGGUGUUGAAGCUGCUCCCUAA